ACAGAGAAACGAAGGAGUGGGGAAAAGAAACCAGAAAAAUACACAGAAUUGAAUGCGGGAAGAGGACGAUAGGUAGCUAUCAUCUCUAACGAGGGACCCACUAGGGCGGGUCAUCCACCUGCUGCCUGAACCAACAACACAACUUCCUCUUUCUUUCUUUCUUUCUUUCUAUCUAUCUCAUCAUCUUCCAAGCAAAGCACCAUACAUCUCUCUCUUCAUCUCUGUUUUGUUUUCUCAAUUAUUUAUUUGUUAAAUUUAACCAUUUUGGUAGUGAAUUCACAGUCCCUCUUUGUCCCAACCUCCAUUAACCUCUGCUAGUUUCAUUUCUUUCAUAUAAUUUUUGAGGGAAACAAGUAGAACAAGUUGAGAAAUCAUGCAAAAUAGUGCUGUUGCAGAUGAUCCUCCCAAGGCUGACCCCCAAUUUGGAGGCUCCACUGAUGAAGUUGUAAAUUUAGGACAAAGCGUGAAGCGCUCAGAUCUCUCCCUUCAAAUACCUCCUAGACCGGUAGGUUUGGGAAGUAGCCGCGGUAGUUCUUCAUCAAGGGGCUUUCUUCGGGGUUUAAGUUUCAAGAAGAAGGUUACGACACCUGAUGGUGAAAAAAGCUCACUUCUCUAUCCAGACCUUAAGACAGCUCCUGAAAGUCCUGUUUUGGCCAAUUUCAUGUCUGGUUGGAAAAAAUGUGCCUCUGUUCCUGUGUCACCUGCAUCAAACCUGUCCCCUUCUGCUUCCACACCUGCUUCAGCAAGGAUUUCUGGUGAACGGGUUAAGUCACAUGCACCUUCUCUCAACUAUGGCAGCAAAUGUAAGGUUUUUAUAUCAGCAAACAGUGGCAGAUUAGACAUAUUAUGUGUUAAUUUAUCUGUGAUUGAUUUCUUUCAGAUAGGGUCGGUUCAAGGUUCAGUUUCAAGGUCUUUCUCUGUCCCUGGUCGAAAUGUUGUCAUUGUAAGAUCAGUAUCUUUUGCUAACUGUAAAGAGUAUGCUGAAACAGAUACGAUUGAAGAUCAAAUUACUCCUGUUCUGCCAGAAGAAGACGAUAAAGAGAUUGCUGAAGAGGAAGCAAUAUGUCGGAUCUGUUUUGAUGUGUGUGAGGAAGGAAAUACACUCAAGAUGGAAUGCAGUUGCAAAGGCGCCCUUAGACUUAUUCAUGAAGAAUGUGCAAUAAAGUGGUUUAGCACAAAAGGAAACAAGAAUUGUGAUGUCUGUGGGCAAGAGGUUUUGAACUUACCAGUAACCUUGCUUCGAGUGCCAAGUUUAAAUCAAAGAAAUAAUAGGCAGGAGCAUAGUCCGCAAAGUUUGAAUUCACGAACGAUAAGUGCCUGGCAGGACUUUGUGGUUCUUGUCUUGAUUAGCACAAUAUGCUAUUUCUUCUUUCUUGAGCAGCUACUGAUUCAUGACAUGAAAACGCAAGCAAUCGUGGUUGCUGCACCAUUUGCAUUUACAUUGGGCCUUUUGGCAUCAAUAUUUGCAGUCCUCUUAGCCAUCAAGGAGUAUAUAUGGACAUUCGCUGCUCUUGAGUUCGCACUUGUGGCUAUAAUUCUCCAUGUAUUUUAUUCUCUGCUUCAUCUGAAGGCAGUCUAUGCUAUAAUGCUAUCGUCAGUUGUGGGUUUUGGGAUGGCAAUGUGCCUCAACUCACUUUACAUCCAAUAUUAUGCUUGGCGAGUUCAAGUUUCCCAAAACUCGAGCCCUGUUUAAUCAUUCCCAUGUUCUAGUUAGUGUUUGGAUUCUCCUCGAAAUGCUUCAGUUUGGUUCAAAAUAUAUUAGUUAGCAGGAUAUCCUCCUUAUUCUGGUUAUUGUUGGUUUUCUCCUAAGUUGACGCGAAGGUUCAGUUCAAAAUAAUAUUAGAGGGAUUGUAGACCCCACAGAAAUAGGCCUUAUUCCACAUGUUUUGAAUUGAAUUAUUCACCGGAGAGGAUCCAAACUCUCGUGUAAAGUGUGAACAUUAAUUUACCAGUCACUGGUCAAGAAGAGUGAAUGAAAAACAACACAAAUGCUCAAA